CCCAACCCAGAGGAGCAAAAAGCAUAUAUGGAGAGAGAGAGUGUGUGCGUGGGUGUGUUUGCUAGAGAGAUAAGAGAGUUUGAUAAACUCACAAAAAAUUAUGAUUUUUUUUCCUUAGUCUUUAGGGGCAUGAAGUAGAUGGGUAUAUAGUGUUCACCCCCUUUUUUUUUUUCUUUUUUCUCUCUCUUUUUAAGUAUUAUUAUCAUUAUUAUUAUUAUUUUCUAUCCUUAUUUUCCCCGAAAUCUGAACUACGAUCGUUUCUGGGGUGUGAGAGUUUCGAAGUGUUUUGUGAGGGUAUCUAGUGAGUUAGAACAAGUUGCAUCUUGCACCUAUGAGGAUCCGAAAUAGGCAAGUGCCUUUCCCUCUCUUGCCGGUGAUUCACUCAGAUCCCAACCUGAUCAACCGGUCACCGGUGAUGGUGCAACUCAACGAGGCUACCACCAGCUCACCUAAACCUUCUUGCACUCAUGGGUUGGCUAUUGCACCGUUGCCCCUCUUGGAUCGUCCUCAGCCAUCUGAUCAGCCACUCCCACCGAUCGGGAAAGCAACCAACGGCUGUGAUGAUUCCACCGGAGAAGGUGGGACUCACAGGAGGCACCACAGGAAGCAAGAACCUUUGGUGGAAGAUGGGAGAUGGGAAGAGGGAGGGGGACAGAAGGGUAAUGAUACCAGGUCUUCUUUUGUUUGUAGGAAAGGAAACAUCUCUUGUUCAGAAACGCCAGCUGAGGCAUUUUCACCGUCAAGCCCUUCUAAACAAGAUGGUCGAUGGUGUGAGGGAGAGAAAGCUUUUCCACUCAAGAAACGAAGAGGGAGCUUGGAAAAUGCCACAGAGGACAAUAACAACGACGACAAUAACAACAAUAAUAGGAAGAAGAUGAAGAUGAAGAACAAGAUGAAGACGAAGAUGAACAAGAAAUGUUUGGUGCAAGAUGAUAGCAAUGAAGCGGAAGAAGAAGAGGAGGAGGAGGAAGAAGUGAAGGAAGAAGAGGUAAUGAGAGAAACAAAACCUGAAGUGAACGUUGGUAAGAAGAGGGUAAGGGGUAGUGCACUAAUGGAAGGUUCAAGGUGCAGUCGUGUUAAUGGGAGAGGAUGGAGGUGUUGUCAACAAACCUUAGUGGGUUACUCUCUUUGUGAACAUCACUUAGGAAAGGGAAGGUUGAGAAGCAUGACAAGUGUGAGAAACAAGUCUAUUGGAACAACCAGUGGUGCACCAAAGAACAUGGCACUAGUAUCCGAGCCUUCAUCUCAAAAACAAACAACAAAGUGUAGUAGUGUCAACUAUGAUCCCAUGGACAAUGAUGGUGAAGACAAAGAUGAGAAGAAGCCACUAAUGGUCACAAAGAAGAGGAUGAAGCUUGGAAUGGUGAAAGCACGAUCCAUUAGCAGCUUGCUGGGACAAACCAACGAUGAAAUUGUUGCCAUAGCUGAGGAUAUUAACAAUCAAAUGAAAUAUUUAUACACAACUUGAUUAGAUUAUCUAGUAGAGUUUAUAUACUUUGGUGGACUCGAUCAUGGUCACCGCG